AUGUCUAAAGUAAGAAGUCUACAAAAUCUAAUUCCUCGAGCCCGAAUCAUCCGAGAGGAAGAUCCUUUCUCUCUUGUAACUUUCGCGCCAUCCGGACCCAAGAAGCGUCCUCGUAAUGAGGCAGAAUGGGCCCAUCACUUCCAGAAACAAAGCUCUCGAUUAGUUUUAACACUUGAUAUGAGCAAUGAAGCAACAGAUUUUCGCAAUCAACUCAAGGAAAAGUAUCUUCAUCCAUGGGGAGGUUUUCUGGAUACCCGAUUCGAACUCAUAGAUCCCCUACCAGACCGCCAAUUUUAUAUAAAGAUGUACAAAGAUACAAUCAAUUACUUUUGUGCAAAAGGCCCACCAGAACUUCCUGUCGGUCCAACGACGAAUUUUUUUGUUUCCGAGGAACGUAGAGUUUCUGGUAUUGUUGAGCGCAUAUACCAAAACGAGUCCAUCCAAGGGAAGCACAAGGAACCAUCCCGGGGACAUCACUUGAUUAUGACUAGUUUCCGCAAAGGAUCGGUGGUUCAUCUACUUCGUGAUUAUUUCAUAAAGGAGUUCGGCAAGUUUCCAAACGAGGAAGUUCAAACAGUAAUGAAGAACGUGGGAAAGGAAAAAUUCAAAGUUCAGAUGCCAUUAGGAUAUUGUAAAGAAAUGGGAAUGCUGCAUGCUGAAAGAACAAAGGACGAUGUCGCACGUGAAUUUGCAGAAACUGAGGGUCUUCACUUGGGCACUGCUGUGAGCUUAAGUUUAUGGCGUAAACAUUACGACGCAAAUCCGGUAAGAAAAUGGGAUGAGCCGGUGCUGGUGGAUCAGGAAUGUGUAUUUUCAAAAGCGCUCGAAGAGAUAUCAAAAAAACCUUCAUCCUCGUUUGUUUCCAUCGCCCCCGAGCAACAGUUUACGAAGAAAACUCUAGAAAGCGGAGAUGAUACCUAA